AUGACAUUCACACAGCUCGUCAAGGCUCUUUGCCUCUGGUCUCUCCUCCUAGCACCUUUUACCCUCGGCCAGAAUACCUCGGACCAUGAGUUUAACAAGAACAGGACCCUGAGUAUCGGCAUUAUCAUCUUCGAUGGCUUUGAGCCCAUCGAAGUCUGGGGACCGCUUGAAUACCUAACAUCCCUCUCAGCCUUCUACAGUAUGACCCUCUCCAUCAUCUCAUACCAGAAAGGCACCGUCAGUGCGCGUCUCCAACCGCAUCUGGGUGGUGAUUUCAGCAGCACGCUCGGCGCAGAAACAGCAGUUACGCAUACGUUUGCCGACGCCCCAGCUCUCGAUGCCAUUCUGGUUCCCGGUGGAACAGGCGUCAUCAACGCUACCUUGAGCAACAGGACUGAGAUUGAAGAGUUCCUUGUUCGUCGCGCCGGCCAGGCUGAAUAUAUUCUCGGGCUUUCAUUUGGAGUAACGCACCUGGCGCGGUCGGGUCUUCUUAACGGUAAACGCGCCACGACAAAUAAGAGCGGGUAUCAAUGGAUUAUGGGCUAUGGUCCAGAAGUUGAAUGGGUCCCGCAGGCGCGGUGGGUUGUUGAUGGCAAGUUCUGGACCGCUUCUGGCAUGAUGGCUAGCUUGGACAUGACAUAUGCCUGGUUGUCCCACGUUUAUGGGGCUGAAGGGGCGGUAAAUCAGCAAACGAAUGGUAUCGAGUAUGCUCCACAUCUUGAUUCUUCGUGGGACCCUUACGCUGUCGUUUUCAAUGUUCCUGGUGCGAAUGCGAGCAGGCCCUCCCAAGAUUGUGUUGGACCCAUUGGGACAUGA